UACAAUAGUGUGUGAUAAUGGUUCAUAUUCGCUGAAGGUUGGUUUUAAUCAAGACAAACUUCCUGAAUUAAUAUUACCAACUUUGGUCGGGUCACCCCGGAAAGAAAUGUCGACCGUUGGAUACGGACAAAAGGCUACGUACGUCGGUCAGACCGUUGCAGAAAACCGUGGCGUUUUGGUUACGAGUCGUCCGAUAAACAAUGGUAUAGUUACCGAUUGGGACGCCAUGGAACACUUUUGGUUUCACAUGUAUUACGACAAACUGAUGACGCCGUCCGAAGAACAUGGCAUUUUACACACCGAACCGGUCGACAAUCCGCCGGCAAAUCGUGAAAAACUAAUCGAGCUCAUGUUCGAACAGUUCGGCGUGCCCAGCACCGCGCUGGUGACAACCUCGACGCUCGCUUUGUACGCCAGUGGCGUGACCACGGGCCUGGUGGUGGAGUCCGGGUUCGAUGAGACGCGGGUGGUGCCCGUCUACGAGGGAAUCGCUUACCUGAAAACCGAACGCAUGCCUGUCGGCGGACGGCACGUGACCCAGUACAUGAUACGGUUGUUGAACGAUCGCGGUUUCAAUUUCACUACGCCGAAGGAUUGGGACAUUGCGAGAACGGUCAAAGAAGAGCAGUGCUACAGCGCGUUGGACUUCCAGAGAGAAUUGGCCGAAUCGUUUGUUGGCGCCGAGGAGUUCGUCAAGAGUGACAGCAAACAAUAUCGACUGCCGGACGGGUCUUUCGUCCAAGUCAGAAGCGAAGCUUUUAGAGCCCCUGAGAUUCUAUUCAAUCCGGGUUUGUUCAACAUCGAGUCCAAACUUGGAGGUGUCCACGAAAUCAUAUUCAAAGCGCUCACUAUUCGCAGUAUUGACGAAUAUAAAGACAUGCCCAACAACAUUGUAUUGGCUGGCGGCAACACGCUAUUCCCGAGGCUACAGACACGUUUGGAAAAUGUGUUGAAAUCAAGGAUUAUUGCGAAUCCCGAACGCAGGUACGCAGCAUGGAUCGGCGGUUCAGUCAUGGCAUCCGCGCCUGAUUUCCAGCGACAAUGUAUCAGCAAAGACGAGUACUUCGAACACGGAACUCAAAUCGUAAAUUCAAAAUGUUUUAUGUAAACACCAUGGGAGAGCUGAUAAUAAAAUCAUUUCUACAAGAGAUGUAUCAAAUCGUUAUCAUACUAUUUUUUACAGUUAAUUACUUGUUGUAUAAUCGUAACUACGAAUAAAUAUAUAUAUAUAUAUAUUAUAUAGCUAUAGUUUGUUUAAUAGGUGUGCGCACGGGUGUGGCUUAUAGGGCUAUAGCCACAUCUGAGACUUUUUUUUUAGGUAGGUAGGUACUAAGUACGUAGGUAAAAAGGGCUAAUAAUUCUUUUUUUAGAAAAUCGAAAUUUUUUUUAAUCAAUUUUAUCGAAUUACAAAAAAUUAAAAUUGCGGGGACUAGCGUUCAUUAAUAAUCAGAUUGUACGUUAGUUUUUCUAAUAAAUUUUAUUUCUACUUACUUAUGUUUUAUAUAUCUAUUUUUCUUUUAAGGCGGGAUUUUAUAAGGGGGUGGGUGAUCAAAAAAUAAAAAUAAAAGCUACACCGGAAACAGGAAUCUGCGCAUGCCUAUGGUUUCUUCGAUAUUCGAUGGUAAUUAAUUUUUUUUGUUUUUAUCUGAUACACUGUUUGCGAGAAUCACGUGGAUCUUAUUUAACCUUUAACACGU